AAUAUCAAUUAUUGCAUUACAACAUUUGUCCCCCUCUCUCUCUCAUGUUUUCAAAGAGUUAAAAUCGUACACUAUUUACUUUCCUCCUCUCUCAGAUUUGUCCAAAAUCGUUUAACAUAUUGCCUUUUCCCUAGAAAUCGACCCAUAAAAUGUUGUGUAAAAAUUCAUUGUUAUUUUCUCUUGUAACUGCUUUCUUCAUUUUUUCUUCCGUCACCCUUGGAGGAUCUGAGUCUGAUUUUCCUUCCUUCCAAACUACACCCAUUUCAGGUGAAAGUAGGAAUGAGAAUGAUGUGGUGGUGGUUUCAUGGGGCACAAAAAGGUUUCUUGCUGAAGAUGAACCUCCAUUGAACUCAUCACUUAUCUUGGCUGCUAAAAGAACAUAUAGAAAAGACCCUCUCAACAAUUUCAAAAGAUACACUGGAGGGUGGAAUAUCAGUAACCGCCAUUACUGGGCUUCUGUGGUUUUCACUGCAGCUCCAUUCUUUGUCGUUGCGCUGAUCUGGUUUGUGAUCUUCGCGCUUUGCUUGUUGUUGAUCUUUCUCUGCUACUGUUGCUGUAGAAGAGUUCCUUAUGGCUACUCCCGAAUAGCUUAUGCUCUCUCCCUCAUACUCCUCAUACUUUUUACCAUUGCUGCAGUUGUUGGAUGUAUCAUUUUGUACAUUGGCCAGGGAAAGUUUCACAGCAGUACAAUUAACACGUUGGAUUAUGUCGUCCAUCAGGCAAAUACCACAGCUGAUAGUCUCAGAAACGUCUCAGGUUAUCUAGCUGCAGCCAAACUUAUUGCUGUGGAUAAAGUUUUGCUUCCUGGUUCAGUCCAAACAGACAUAGACCGCAUCCAAACCAAGAUCAAUUCUUCUGCUAAUACCCUCUCCACUAAAACAGAAGACAAUAAGGAUGACAUAGCUCGUUUGGUAGAGUCUGUGAGAUUGGCUCUUAUUAUUCUAUCAGCCAUUAUGCUUCUUUUGACAUUUCUGGGAUUUGUAUUUUCAAUUUUCGGGAUGCAGGCUUUCGUUUACAUCUUGGUGAUUUUUGGAUGGAUUCUUGUCACUGGAACUUUAUUUUUGUGUGGCAUAUUUCUUGUUCUUCACAAUGUGACUGCAGACUCUUGUGUAGCAAUGAAUCAAUGGGUCAAACACCCUCUUGCUCAUACAGCUUUAGAUGAUAUCUUGCCGUGUGUGGACAAUGCCACUGCACAAGAGACCCUUACAAAAAGCAAAGAAGUCACUUCUCAGCUGGUCAAUGUUGUUAACAGGGUCAUUACUAAUAUUUCCAAUAACAACUUCUCCCCCAACUUUGGUCCUUUGUACUACAAUCAGUCUGGACCUAAGCUGCCAAUCCUUUGCAAUCCUUAUUACUUGGAUUUGACUGAUAGAUCCUGUAGUCCUGGUGAAGUGGAUUUGAGCAAUGCCACAAAGGUAUGGGAUAAUUAUGUCUGUCAAGUUUCCCCUAGUGGCAUUUGUUCCACAACAGGCCGUCUGACUCCUGUCAUCUACGGCCAGAUGGCAGCUGCUGUAAAUGUUAGCUUUGGAUUGUACCAUUAUGGUCCUUUUCUGGUUGAUCUAGAAGAUUGUGAUUUUGUUAGACAGACAUUUGGAGAUAUCUAUAGCAUAUACUGCCCCGGACUUCAGCAUUAUAGCAAAUGGGUUUACAUUGGACUGGUGAUGGUUGGUUUAGCAGUAUUGCUUUCGCUUACAUUCUGGGUCAUAUAUGGGAGAGAGAGGCGGCACCGUGUCUAUACAAAAGAACACAUGCCCAAACCAGCUGAAGGGUAUGAAGGGAAUAAACCGAUUUACGAUUAGUCUGCUUUGCUUUUUGUAAUACUAGCUAGAGAUGUGUUGUUGUGUAUCAGGUUUUCUGUAUAUACUGAUGAGUUCAUAGAACUUAUAGUUAUAUUGUAUUGUUAGGUUCCAUUCUCAGGGUUGAACUACAUUAUGAUGUACUGUGCAGAUGAUAGCAAUUUAUGUUGAUGUUAAUGUUGUUAUGCCA